CCCCGCCAUCGCCGCGUCCCCGCCGCCGCCGCCGCCAUGGAGAUCAUGACCUUCCCCCGCUGCACCCCCGACGAGAUCAUCGGCCUCGUCCGCACCAACGUCCUGGAGGGCGCCGAGGCCCGGAACCUGGUCAAGGAAGACCUGUUCAGCAACCUCAGGCAUGAUGUUUUACACCUGAUUUACCUGAGAAUCCUGCAGAAAGUGUCUAGGAUCCAACUGGAGGACAUCUACAUGAUGCCACUCAACGUUGACAUAAUGUACCCAGAGAUCUAUGAAGGCUUUCUACCUCUCUGCAAUUUGUAUAUUCGUUUGGAGCGCUUGCUGCCCAUGUGGGGGAUUAGUGACUUCCAAAUUGCUGAUGUUUUAAGCCCAAAGAUAAAGAGGACUGCUCGCUUCUUGAGUGGCAUGCUCAACUUUGUGAACUUCAUGAAAUCCAAGCAUACAGCCUACCUGGAGCUACAACUGGAAUAUAAAUCAGCUAUUGAGAAAAUCCAACACCUGGAGACUGUGAAUCGGGAGGCAGCACUGAAGCUGGAGAAACUGAACACAGUCCCAGUUGAACAUGAGGCAGAGGUCAAGCAGCUCACAGAGAACAUUCGGGAGCUGGAGCAGCUGCUAAGGCAGGAUUAUCGUCGGAAACAAGCAGCUUUGCAAGAAGUGACUUCUCAAAAGAAGGCUGAUAUUGCUGAGAAAACCCAAAUAUUGAAUGAGUGUAAAGUGUCUAUGAGUGCUUUAAAAGAAGAGCAAGAGCAGCUGAAAUCCAAAAUUGUGGAGAAUCCAGAAGAAGGGAAAAAUUACAACGAGCUGAUGAAAGAGAGUAUUAAGAAAUUGAAGAGAUGUCAGCAAGAAGUUACUGAGAAAUAUGAAGGUUAUAGAGAUUUAGUUGAGGUUCUGUCAUUGUGCCUGGUGGAAUUGCAGUUAUACCAAAAGAAGAUGGAAAUUCAGGGAGAAAAUGUGGAGAGACUGGCCAGUGUAUCAUCAGAGGCCAGAAGUCUGGAGGACCAGCUUGAGAGUGCUCAGGUAGAGCUGAAAAAGGCCAAGGAAGAUGAAACAUCCCGAAAGAGAGUGGUCACUACAAAGCACGAGAAGCUUGCUACAGCUGAGAUACAGCUUAAAAAGAUCCGUGAAGUUAUUGAGCAGUACAAGUGCACAGAGCUCGAACUUUAUAACAAAGUCAAGGAGAAGAGGGGUGCUGUGUGUGACAAAGUUAUGGCCAUUCGCAAGGAAAUCAAACAGCAGAAGAGCAAAAUGGAGCAGCUGAAGGAUGAUUAUGAAAAAAAAGCAGCAAAAGACAAGGAAAUACAACUAAUUUUGAAGUCUGUAUUGGACAAGUAUCAUGAAUCUCUCCUUAAGGCAGUAAAGACUUCUGCAGCCUCAAGAGCAGAAAAACUUGCUGAAAUAAGGGGAGGCCUGCUCAGCAUGCAGUCUUCUGAAAGUACUCCUUAAGCCUGUCUGAACUUGUGUUCCAUUUUCACUGUGUUCGUGCUCAUACCUGAACUCAAGAGCUUCUGCUUUGCAUGGCAGGGAUAAUAAUUCCAGGCAAAUCCAGCUUACUCAAAAACCAUGUCAGAACACAUUUAGCUUUUCAGGCUGAUCCUGCUGUCAUGAGCUUGCUGAUAUGGAUAAGAAAACACUCAGUUUCUGUUGUUUCAGUCAGCACCUGGUCUUGGGAGGUAAUAUUGCAAGUCUUGCUAACACCAAAAUGCUCAACAUUUUAGGCAGAACCCUGCAUUUAUAGAAACUGUUCUGCAAACUUUGAUCUGGGAACACCUGAAGCCUUGGUCUGGCUUGAAUGUUCAAGAUAAGUCAGUCACAAGUGAUAUUUUACCACUGUUAUUCAAUUAAGAUGAAAUGCUGACAGACCAGUAGCAUCCAUCUAAAUGCCAAAUUACUCUCAUCGUAAAUAUCUGUAACUGUAAACACUCAGAAGUAUCAUUUUAAUGUCAUUUUAGUUAACAGUACACUCCCUCUCAAUGCUUGAACUCAUUGUGUCUGCUUUGUGAGGUAUUGAACCCCGCUCUGUGUUGAUCAGUCUGUGUUAGGAUGCUCUUAAAAACUAUAGAUUGAUGUUUUGUACCUUAACUUGUGAUGGUGCUUGGUGUGCCACAGUGGUUUUCAUUAUUUGGAAAAUUGAAAUGUUAAUUUUUGCACUAGUUGAUAUAAAGAUAUUUAACCCUU